CAAAGCCAGCAGUUUUAGAGCAUCAGCACCAUGAACGCCAUCGACGGCACUGAUCGCCAUAUCAAGAGCACCGAUGGCCCGCCACCAUCCCUCCUCACCAUCAUCCUAGACACGAAUCCGUUUGCCUGGGCCCACCUAUCGUCGACACUCCCACUCUCCUCCGUAGUCGCGAACCUCCUCGUCUUCAUAAAUGCUCAUCUGGCGAGCGGGAAUGCAAACGAAGUCGCCGUUAUCGCAAGCCACAACAAGCGAACUGCCUGGCUAUACCCAACACCAGUCUCUGCCCAUAACACAAACGGGCAUAUCUCUGCGCAAAAUGGGGCCGCUUCACAUACCCAGAAUGCGAACAAAUAUCAACCCUUUGCUGAGGUUGAGACGAAUCUUCUAUCUAAUCUGGAUGAUCUCCUAAAAACAACCACACCCGAUGAUCUAUCAACCACAACAACGCAAAUCGCGGGCGCCCUCUCCACUGCUCUAUCCUACAUCUCCAAAUCCACCAUCAGGCACUCUCCCGUAGAUCCGACUCUAUUAAAAAGUCAUGCCAUCCUCAUCGACGAUGGCAACCUCACUUCACAACGUAUAAACCUCGUGUCGCGGAUACUCGUUUUCAGCGUCUCUGGAGACCUCGCCAGCCAGUACAUUCCCGUAAUGAAUGCCAUCUUCGCCGCACAACGCCAACGUAUCCCCAUCGACAUCCUGAAGCUCGCAGGAGACACAGUGCUACUACAGCAGGCAUGUGACGCGACUGGUGGAAUUUACAUGGCACCUGAAUCUCCUCAGGGGUUGCUCCAAUACUUAAUGAUGGCAUUCUUGCCGGAUGCGACAGCUCGGAAGUCGCUCGUACUACCAAGUGCAGGGAGCGUGGACUUUCGCGCUGCUUGCUUUUGUCACAGGAACGUCGUUGACAUCGGCUUCGUAUGCUCAGUUUGCUUGAGCAUCUUCUGCUCUCCCAAUCUUCAAGACUCUACAUGUUUAACAUGUUCUUCCGUCCUUUCUCUUAGCAGUGCCCUCACAGCAGCACCGGCGCUAAUUCCCCGAAAAAAGAAGAAGCGAAAGAGGGCACCAGGUGAUGGCAGUACUCCCGGUGGAAGCGCGACGCCCCUGCCCGGUAACGGUACACCGAUGCAUACCUAGGACUACAUAUACAGUAUACUUUACUUGUUGCUGACGGGUAGUGGCAACAUUAUUUAAUGAUCAGUAGCAUACCGGCACCUGACUUGAAAUGAAAGAAAGGUUCGUGGGCAGUCUGCACUGGAUGACGCAGUUCCAAUAUGUGUCGUGGUUUUGAAUGCUUUGAUUGAUCAGUGGUUACGUGGCACAUGCUACUGGAAAAACUCAGGGCAUAGGGUCUUCGAGCCGAAGUGGUUGACCAGGCACCUAUCAACAACACUACCUUGAUCAUAUUUAGCUUGUGAGCUGUGAAGUGAUGGACUAUUACGCUAUCACUCAUAUCGUCACUGUUUCUGCAGGAAAUUGGAUAGCUAGGUAUCUUUCUAGUAGUCAAUAACAGUUUAUUACAUACAAACAGGCC